UUCUAUAUCCUUAGAGUUUCGAGUCGUUUCUUGAACGCAUGUUACUACGCUGAAAAAAAAUUAAAAUUCACUCUAAGAUAUUUAUUGAAUUGUAAGAAAAAGUGCCACGAGAAACAAUUUCAAAAUCUCAAAGGAACGAAGUUCCUUACAAACUUGCGUACAAACUACGUAAUAAACCUGAUCUGACAAACGUGACUAAAUUACCCAGAAUGACGGCUCAUACAGCUAGCGGUGAUGGACGAGGUGCACAUACACAGGCUUAUAAAGAUAAAAGCAAACCAACCGAUAUUCGAAGUAGUAACAUUAAUGCUGCGAAAGCUGUUAGCGAUGCAAUUCGUACUAGUUUGGGUCCAAGAGGAAUGGACAAAAUGAUCCAAGCUGCUAAUGGUGAAGUUACAAUUACAAAUGAUGGUGCUACAAUAUUAAAAGAAAUGAGUGUUGUGCAUCCUGCAGCAAAAAUGUUAGUUGAAUUAUCAAAAGCUCAAGAUAUUGAAGCUGGAGAUGGUACCACCAGCGUUGUUAUAAUAGCUGGCUCUCUUUUAGAAGCAGCAGAACGUUUGUUACAAAAGGGAAUACAUCCUACUUUGAUUAGUGAUGCAUUUCAGAAGGCUGCAGCUGAAGCUGUGCAUAUAUUAACGAAUAUGUCUAUUCCUGUUGAUUUAAGAGAUGAACAAUCGUUGAUUAGGGCUGCAGCAACUGCACUUAACUCAAAGGUUGUUUUUCAACAAUCAAGUCUUUUGGCACCAUUAGCUGUAAAUGCAGUAUUAAAAAUCACUGAAGAAGGAAGGGAGAGCUGUGUUGAUUUGAAUAAUAUAAAAGUAAUAAAAAAAUUGGGUGGCACUGUUGAAGAUACUGAACUUAUAGAAGGAUUAAUAUUUACACAGAAAUCUUGUAACGUUAAUGGACCAAGACGUAUUGAAAAAGCAAAGAUAGGUUUAAUUCAGUUUUGUAUUUCUCCACCUAAAACGGAUAUGGAUCAUAAUGUAAUUGUUUCUGAUUAUGCUGCAAUGGAUCGUAUUUUGAAAGAAGAAAGAACAUAUAUAUUAAACAUUGUGAAACAAAUUAAAAAGGCUGGUUGUAAUGUACUUCUAGUACAGAAAUCUAUUCUUCGCGAUGCCGUCAGUGAUCUAGCUAUACACUUUUUGGAUAAAAUUAAAGUUAUGGUGAUCAAAGACAUCGAACGCGAAGAUAUUCCAUUUGUCUGUAAAACAUUAGGUUGCAGACCCAUUGCAUCAUUGGAUCAUUUUGUUGCUGAAAAUCUCGUUAACGCAGAACUGUGUGAGGAGGUGCAAACGGGAAAUUCUAAGUUUGUCAAAAUUACUAAAAUUCAAAAUCCUGGACCGACAGUAACGAUACUUGUGCGUGGCAGCAACAAAUUGGUUUUGGAAGAAGCAGAACGAUCAUUGCACGAUGCAUUGUGUGUAGUUCGUUGUUUAGUAAAACAGAAAGCUCUGAUUGCUGGAGGAGGAGCGCCUGAGAUUGAACUCGCAUUGAAACUCGUACCUUAUGCUCAAACAUUAGGUGGUAUUGAUGCUUAUUGUAUUAAAGGAUUUGCAAAUGCAUUUGAGAUAAUUCCAUCGACGUUGGCAGAAAAUGCAGGAUUGAAUCCUAUUGCCACUGUAACGGAACUGCGGAACCGACACGCCAAAGGAGAACACACUGCAGGAAUUAAUGUACGAAAAGGAACCAUUACCAACAUUUUGGAGGAAAAUGUAAUUCAACCAUUAUUAGUUUCUACGAGUGCAAUUACUCUUGCCACAGAAACUGUUCGCAGUAUAUUAAAGAUCGAUGAUAUUAUAAAUACCAACCAGUAAUUAUAAUGAAUAGAAGUUUUGCGCUUAAAUCUUUGUCAAGUUUUUGCUGAUCACGCGAUAUCAAAUACAGUUCUGAGUUCAAUUAGCUUUCCAUAUUUUUACAAUUUAUUAAACUAAUAAAAUCGAGUUAUUUAACGGUUAAAAUUCUUUUUAUUAUAUUCCUAAUAAAUUAACUUGCUUUUA